AGUAGCAGCACCCAUCGGGCUCUCAAGAAAAUCCUAUACAUGAUGCCUCAUUGUCAGUCAUGUUCAUGCUACAGUAGUACGGGCGCGGGUGUUCCUGGCUCAGUGUGUGGCGUAGACGUCACAAUGCGCUGCCUAGACAAUCGCAUCUAGGUCCUUGUUGCUCAGCUAUGUGAUCUUCGACGCCAGAAGAAUCUCCUGGUUCCCGUCAACCGCAUGCCCCCGGAAGUCCUCCAGCACGUCUUUUUCUUGUACAAAGACGCCUCGAGCGAACACGAUUGGGAAUGGAUCAGGAUAUCUCAAAUUUGCGGCCACUGGCGCGACGUUGCGCUAUCGAGCGCCACACUAUGGAACACCCCGAACUUGCGCUUUCCGGAGUUGGCGCUGGAGAUGUUACGGCGGGCUCGUAGGGCUCCGCUUCAUGUCAUGUAUCUGGCUCGACCCUGGAUUUCAGGUAAUGAUACCUUCGACACCGAAUCACAUGAAGGUGAAGAUCUCGGGGAUGGAGAAAGAAUUCUAGGCAGAAAAGCCCAACGCAAUCCCCUCACGCUGCUUUCGUUAGAUGCGGCAGCUCAUAUCAUCGAACUGGAUAUCGCGGCCGACGGUCCUACCAUUAUCUCUACACUCCAAUCACAUCCUGGCCAGUUAACUAGGUUGCGUGACUUCUCGGUGGAGAAUACCACGGAAAUCGACCUGUAUCCAAGCUUCGCUUUCAUGGCAGAUCAGUACCCCAGUCUCGAGCGCCUCAACCUGUAUCAGUGCUACCCGCCUUGGACAUCCAAUCUCUUGUUAACGCCGGCUCGCUUGCGAAGGCUCGAUAUCCACACGGAAAUCAGACGGCAACCGCACGCGGAUUCGUUUGACGAUGUGUUGACAUUCCUGAAGCUUCAGCCAAACUUGGAAUCCAUCUAUCUGGCAGCCGCUCUCCCCCUUCUCAACGAUACGAAUCAGGACAAGGUCCCGAUCAAGGUCCAUCUCCCUCACCUUAAACAGCUUGAUCUUGAAGAUACGCUUGCCGAGGUACAAUACUUCUUCUCGUGUCUCCGGAUCUUCGCGGACUGUCGCGUGAAGGCGGAGGUACAUCAGGAAAAAUCUGACUAUCGAAAGAGUCACUUAUUGGGUACCGAAACCCUCUAA